AUGCCUGAGCAAUUCCUAACUCAAAUACCUCUUCGUUUCCGUCCGGAUCCCGAGCGCGAGCCCCUCAAGAUCUACCCUGCUCCGCCAUCUGCUCGCAAAGCAUGCAAGGACCCUAUCGCAGCGGUCACCGAAUCGCAGUUGGCAGUUCUCGACCCCACCGGUGAGCGCAAGGCAAUGUUCGACUACCGACGAAACCCGAAGAGUGUCAAGCCCGGCGAUAUCGUACGAGUGACAUUCAAGAACGGCGACCCAUUCAACGGAAUUGUUAUGAGCAUCAAGUUGCGCGGAAUUGAGACGUCCUUCCUUAUGCGAAACGAGCUCACCCGUGUCGCUGUUGAGAUGUCGAUCAAGGUCUUCAGUCCCAACGUGAACAGCGUGGAAAUUGUCCAGCGAUCGGAGAAGAAGCGCAGAAGAGCGAGAUUGUACUACCUCAGAGACAAAGCACACGAUCGUCGCAGUGUGGAGAACGUUGUGGCCAGCUAUGUUCGCCAGAAGAAGGCUUUCUUGGGUGGUGGCAACCGUCGGAGGUGA